ACCGGAGUCACCGACUCCUGUUUCCUUUCUGAGCGGGAGCACCUGUCUGGGCCAGGUAGCUGAGCUGGUGAAAGAAGCACCAGGAUUGCAUCAGGAAGAGGACACCAAGGGCGGAGCGGGAUCUGGGGAGAAUGAGAGUUUGGGUGUCCUGGCAGCUGGAAUCCACCAGCAGGAAGACCUGAGACACUGGUUACCUGAGCCACAGUGGGAAUCCACUCUUCCGGAUAAGAGGGACCUGGAUCCUACACUACUCUGCUCCUCAGCCUCACAUCCGGGACUGCACUGAUGACGCGUGCACCAUUGAUGGACUGGGCCCGGACUGAGUGUGAGCGCCCAAGGCUGUGGGUCUCCAUGCUGGCCAUCCUUCUGGUGGGAGCCUGCCAGGCACACCCUAUCCCUGACUCCAGCCCCCUCCUCCAGUUUGGGGGCCAGGUCCGGCAGCGGUACCUCUACACAGAUGAUGCUCAGGACACUGAAGUGCACCUGGAGAUCAGGGCCGAUGGCUCAGUACGGGGCAUUGCCCACAGGAGCCCUGAAAGUCUCCUGGAGCUGAAAGCCUUGAAGCCAGGAGUCAUUCAGAUCUUGGGAAUCAGGACUUCCAGGUUCCUGUGCCAGAGGCCCGAUGGGAGUCUGUAUGGAUCACUCCACUUUGAUCCUGAGGCCUGCAGCUUCCGGGAGCUGCUGCUUGCUGAUGGCUACAAUGUCUACAAGUCUGAAGCCCACGGCCUCCCUCUGCACCUGCUGCGCGGUGACUCUCUAUCGCAGGAACCAGCACCCCCAGGACCAGCCCGAUUUCUGCCACUACCAGGCCUGCCCGCAACACCCCCGGAGCCACCCAGGAUGCUGCCCCCAGGGCCCCCAGAUGUGGGCUCCUCGGACCCUUUGAGCAUGGUGGGGCCUUUAUGGGACCGAAGCCCCAGCUAUACUUCCUGAAGCCAAGGCUGUUAAUUUAGCCUCUUAUUUAUUGGGGUAUUUAUCUUAUUUAUUUUUUUAGUUUUCUUACUUGGAAUAAUAAAGACUGUGUGGGGUUGGGGAUUUAGCUCAGCGGCAUAAGCGCCUGCCUUGCAAGUGUGUGGUCGUGAGUUCGAUCCCUGGUACUGAUAAAAAAAGAAAAAGACCAAAAAAAAAAAAAAAAAGACUUAAAAAAAAUAAUAAAGACUGUGACAGAGGAUAA